AUGGAGUACCAGGCGCAGUCCAAGGCAGUGCUAGACCAGCUUUGCCGGGAGAGAUCUAUCCCCUGUCGGGGAAAAACAAAAGAGGAACUAUUACAAGCACUGGUGGACUAUGAUAUGCAACAAGCGGUGCAAAAUGAUGCCUCAAACACUGCAGAGGAGAUACCUGCAGCUUUUGUCAAUGAUGUACCGAGAUCUGGAGAUCCUUUGGAUUUGUACUUGCAAACUGUGUUGAAAUAUGUGGACUCAGCAGAUACAAACCAAAAUCUGCAGCUUAUCCUUAAAUAUCAGGAGGCUGAGAGGGAGAGAGAGGCUGCAGAGCGGCAAGCUGAGAGAGAGGCCGCGGAGCGCCAAGCUGCCAGAGAGCAUGAGCUAAAAAUGGCUGAGUUGGAGAGGUUGACUGCCUCCCCUAUAAGUAUUAAUUCCAGAGACUCUUCUGCACCCAAACCACGUGCAGAGAACGUUCCAACUUUGGACAAAGAUGGUGAUUUGGAUGUUUUCCUGCGCAGUUUUGAAAAGGUUUGCAGGCAGUACCAGCUACCAAAGGACAAGUGGGCAAAAUACCUCACCCCUGGUCUCAGAGGUCCUGCACUGGAAGCAUUUGCUACGCUUCCAGCAGAAUUUGACCAGGACUAUGAUGUGAUUAAGGCUGCCUUGCAAAAACGGUACAACCUUACUCCUGAGGUGUACCGAAAGAAAUUCAGGACUUUGCAAAAGCAUCCCACAGAAAGUUAUGCAGCAGUGGUGGGGCACCUGGCGACAGCAUUCCGACAGUGGACUACAGGGCUGGAGAUUACCACUUUGGAAAGUUUUCAAGACUUGUUAAUAAAAGAACAGUUUUUGCAGCUCUGCCCAGCCAAUGUACAGGAAUGGUUGCUGGACCGGAACCCCAAAAUGGCAUUGGAGGCGGGUGAGCUGGCAGAUUUCCACACUGCCAAUCGAGCAACAGUGGACCGGAGCAGAGGUUUUGCCAAGGGAACAUCCAGCUGGAGGACCACACCACCACGACUCCCCAUCACCAGGCCUAGCGGGCCAUCCUUUGUUUCAGCUCCUACCUCAGGGAGAGGGGGAACUAGUGCCACUUCUGCGCAAGGAGAUAGUCGCAGAUGUUUUAUUUGCAACCAAGUGGGGCACAUUAGUGUUGCUUGCCCUGAGAAACGGCAGCCAGCAUUAUCAGCUGGGGAGGGACGCUCCUCGGAACCAACGUCCUCUGUGUUGUUUGUAACCAGAUCAGAGGGCAGCAACAAUGUGAAUCUGCAACCUGUGACAGUCGGAGGAGAGGUAACUGUGGGACUCAGGGACACUGGGGCAGAUGUGACUCUUGUGCGUCCAGAGCUAGUGCGCACUGAGGACUUAAUUCCUGGCAAGACUCUAGCAGUUAAAGGAAUUGGGGGGAUACGGCUUGUAGUGCCAAUGGCACGAGUUUAUUUGGAUUGGGGAGCGGGGAAGGGUUUCAGAAAUGUGGGGGUAGAUGAGAAUAUCCCUGCAAAUGUAUUACUUGGUACUGACUUAGGUAGAUUGUUAUCCCAGUAUGUGCCUGAAGGGGUGUCAAAGGUGUCAUGUGACAAUGUGCAGGAAGAGAAUUCUAGGGACAGAGGGCUGAAUGAAUAUGUGUGCCAAUAUGUGCCUGAAGCAACUGUAUCAGAUGGGCUGUGUGAAAGUAUGGAGGGAACCAGGAACCUUGUCAGCUUAUCACAAUCACAUCUCACACAUACACCCAAGCCAGCUCAGGAGAAGGAAUCUGUCUCUAAGCAACUUUUUGAUUCUGAACCAAAGGUUCAGAGUCAAAAAGGGCAACAAGCCCUGCAGGCAGACCACAAACUAAAAAAGAUAAGGAGUGUGGAUACAUUGCCGGUACCCUGGGAGUGUCCUCUGUCUCAUCUUUUGUGUGCUUACAGGGGAGUACUGCAGAAAUUGGUUGGUUUCUUCCCCGUAGAGCUACUACAUGGGCGCAGUGGGUGCGGCCCAAGAGAUGUGACCAAAGCACAGUGUGAGAAGGAAACAGGCAAAUCAGGCAUGCGUGUUGUGGAUAUGGCUGUUCUAUGGCUUAGGGGCAAAGGGCAAGCCUUUUUGGGGAGGUGUGCGAACACAUGA